AUGGAUCGGCGCCGGCAGCCUCGCAGAGCCUCUGCGCAAGUGCAUGAGGAGCUGAACGACACCGUGCAGCGCUUCAUCACUCGUGACCGCUCCUUGAACGAUGUCACGCGGGAGCUGCACCGUGGCAAGGCGGUUGAGCUGGAAGCGGAGGUGAUGUUGCUGCCGCUGCUGUUGGUGGAAACGCUGGUAGUGGAAGUCGAUCAAGAGGCCUAUUCCGAAUGCGAGCCACAGCCGCCCCGGUUUGCUGCAGAAGUACAUAAGGGUGACAUACCGAAGGAAUAUCAACUACAGCGCUACUACACAGCAGCAGACAUCGUCCAGCACAACUCGCCGCACGACUGCUGGGUCUCCUUCUUCGGAAAAGUUUACGACUUGACUCCACUGCUGGCGGAGUAUGAAGGGCCCUUGGCGCAGCCCAUCAUCGCCGCUGCGGGCACCGACAUCUCCUUCUGGUUCGAUGAGAUCACUGGCCAGCCGAAGACGCAUGUGGACCCAGUGACAAGUACGAAGGAGGUCUACUGCCCUUGGGGUCGCUAUAUCCACGUGCCAGAGCAGGGGACGAGCUUCACCUCACCUUGGUGGGAAAAUUCGCGCUACUGGAUUGGCUAUCGCUCCGCAGCCACGCGGAAGGUUUGUAUUGUGAAUUUGCUGACCCGGCAAAAGAACACCUUGGAGGCGCCGGUGGAAGAGACAGUCGCGGAGAUCCAGCGACGGUAUUUGGUGCAUAACGCACAUGCAGGUAGCUAUACGUGGAAGCGGCUUGGGAAGCCUUUAAACAUGGAGAAGACGUUGGCUGAAAAUGGCAUGGAGGACGAGACUGAAGAGUUCCUCCGCUUGUCCAUCGAUCCGGACAACCAUAUUCCGGUGAUCCAUUUGCACUUCAACGAUGACCUCACAGAGGUUGGAAACGAGCUCGACCAAAUCCAUCCAGACCAAACCUCCUCGUUCGCCGCGGCGAAACGCUUCGUUCGCCGGCCGCAGGCGCUACUGGGCCAGAGUGAUGGCUUGGUACAUGGGGCUGUGGACAAUGCCAUGGCCACCAUCAAGGAGGUCUUGACUUUCAGGCUCCAAGAGUCUGCAGUGGAUGCCAUCUUGACUGGCAAGCGGAAGGGGCAAAAUCCCACGAAAGUUGCAAACUUUUCUCAGACGCUGAGUGAGGUUCAGGCAAGUGGCUAUUUGGAUGGGGAGGUGGAAUUCAGUGAUUUUGGACAGCUUCUUGAGAACCUUCAGGGGAAGUUGGAAGGUGAACGUGGCAAAGUGUCCGACAAGAUUCCAUGGCUCUUGGAGUGCUUGAAGAAAGGCAGAGACACCAGCAUCUACACUGAAGCGACUCUGGCCAGCCUGGCCAAGAAGUUGCUACAGGAGAUGCGGCGGAACACCAAGGUGUCGCAGAAGUUCUUGCAGCUUGGAGGUGUUGAUGCCUUCCAGCUGGUGCUCUGUGGCGAUGAGCAGGCGAAAGUCCUUCUCCCGACACCGUUCCACCCAGAGUUGCAGGUGGUCCUCUGCCUGAUUCUGGCCGAGGUGGUUUUACUUGGUGACGCAGAGGUGGCCAGAAAACGAGGGCAGCGAAAAAUGGCGAUGACCUUCUUCACCGCCAAAGGCGACAAAAAUUCCAGGAUGGGAAUGUUGGCCAAGACGACUCGACACUCCGCCAAGUCUGAGCAAGCCAUCGAGCUCUUGUUCAAGGCCUUGGACGGUGCCACUCGACGACAUGAGCAUGCUUUAGUUUGGGGAGUCUUGACUGCCUUGGGAGUCCUUGUGACCAGUGCCUCCUGCUGUCAGCAGGUCUUUGCUACAGGCUUCAUACCUUUGCUGCACCGCGUUCAUGAGGUUUACUCGCAGCAUCCACAGCCCUUGCCGGGCUCGUUGCCACGCUGGGAUGAGCGGCUCCGCGACAUCAAGACGGAGGCUCCGCCCUUCAUCUCCACGCUGAAGCCGUCAGCGACUCAGAAGAAUCCCGAGACCUUGAAGCAAUGGUGGUUGAAGAAGUCCCUUUCCUUGCCUGCGCUGAAGCACAACAGCAACCCCGGAGUCGACACUGACUCGCGGCGGAACAGCCUCGCUUGGUUGACUGUCUCAAGAUCUUCCAAGGAAGGUGUCAGCUGCCGGAGGCUGAUGGAGAUGGCGCAGCCCAAGAAUCAGGACACGUUCGUUGCAGACGUUCGAAACCGUUGGCAUGGGCAAAGGAAGCUCUUCGUGCACCAGGUGCCCAAAUGCGCCACGGAGGUGCUGCAGACCCUACCAGGGGACAAUGGCCCCCUGGCUUUGGAGGAAGAGGCCAAUGCUUUAUACCUGCGAAAGAUGGCACAACAGCUACGACCUUUGCAGCACGAGCAGAUGAUGUCUGGCCAGGGAGGCUUUGGCAUCACCAAGGAUCCAGAAGAGGCGGACUUGUUUUACAUCCCCGCCUUCUUCUCAGUUCUGUUUUGGAUUGGAGAUUUGCAGGCCCUUCGUUGCGUGGCUGCCACCUUCGACCUAUUGCUGAGCCGUCCCUACUUCUUACGCCACAACGGCCACGACCAGCUGGUGCUUUAUGGGGUGGAGUUUGACUUUUAUCGCUCCUCCAUGGGCUUUGCCUUGACGGACUACCAUCCAUCAGCUGCCAAUUGGAUCAUACUCACGGUCGCUUGCCCUCCACCUUGUGGGGAUGUCAAAGACUCUUGGAGCCUACGUAGCCGCUUCGUGCUGCUGCCCCACGCGUCACGCUGUCGCGACCCGCUGAGACGGGAACAAGGUGUUCCCGAAGUGCCCCGGCGCUUUCGGAUAGGCUAUGUGGGCGCUGUCGGCCAAGACUUUACGGAGCGACAGGCCUUCUUCGAGCUGACAUGUCAUUCUCGGCGCUGGUUGCAGACGGAGGAUGGGCUGUGGCAUGAGUCUGCCCCCUAUACAGCUCGACACUGGUCCCUGGAUCGCAACACCACCAUCCUGGACGCCUUUUUACUCACGGAGCGCUACUACAGACAGGGCUGCCAGGAAUUAGGGCGCAUGAGCCCUUCCAGUCAGUGGAACUUUUGGUGGGUUGAAAAAGGUUGGCGCUGGCGCUUGGUUCCGGAGGCGGAGCCCCCGGAUCACGGCGCCUACUUUCGGAAGGCCUUUUGCAUGCCAUACUAUGCGUUCUCAGAUGGCCGCCUAGGUGAGCAACUUGAGGUGAAAAAUGGCCUAAGACAUCCAGAUGACCAUCAUCAGACGGAGUUCUCACAGGCCGAACAGCGAGAGCAGCCAGUGUUCAACUCGCUGCUUUUUGAGAGCAUCUAUUCACACUCGGAGGUUUGUUUGGUGUUGCGUGGCGACACUGCAGAUGGCACCAAGCGCCUUUGGGACGCGAUCACCCGUGGGUGUGUGCCUGCGUUCGCCUCCAGCUCCAUCCAUUGGCCUUUGCUGCCCUUUUGGACCCAGGUGCCGUGGCAAGAAUUCAGUUUCUUCUUCUACGGUGUGAAUUCCUCUGGCAAAGCAUUCAACGUGCUAGAGACUCUGCGACGGCUUGGGCCCAGCUUGUUGAGACGCAAGCGGCAGCGCUUGCGCCAAUGGCUCCCGUCCUUGGUGGUAGAGCCCCAAACCUGCGGAAUGCGCCGCGCCCACGGGCGGAACCGCACGGGCGCCACCGGCAGCACACCAGCUGCUGCUCGGCUGGCGCCUCCAACGGCCUUGCAGCUGGCGAUGGCCGAGGACCCUUCAGACCCAGAGGCGCCUUCCUUGAUGUGGCUGCUAGCAGAAGAUGGUGCGACCGAGCACUCCCACGUGCGGGUUUGUGACAGGAACUUUGUGGUGCUCAAAGUGAAGCGUUUGCUUCUGAAUAUGGAGAAGGAGCGCUUCAAGAUGGCCAGCGUCCUGAAGACAGGCCUGAGUCGCUGA